AUGUUGGAGGUGACAGAGGGUUGGCACGAUUUCGGGGGUCUGAAAUGGGAACUGGUGCUGUGCUUGCUCCUGGCCUGGAUCAUUGUGGCAGCUUCCCUGAUCAAAGGGGUUCAAAGCUCGGGUAAAGUGGUCUACUUCACAGCGCUGUUCCCUUAUCUCGUCCUCGUCAUUCUUUGCAUCCAAGGGGCAACUUUGCCAGGCGCUUCGGAGGGCAUAAAAUUCUACCUCACGCCGAAAUGGGAACUUCUGGCGGCGCCGAAAGUUUGGGCAGAAGCGGCAACGCAAAUUUUCUAUUCUCUCGGCCCUGCUUUCGGAGGACUUAUCACUCUUUCUUCGUACAACAAGUUCAAAAACAACUGUGUCAGGGAUGCCAUCGUCAUCGCAUUUUCCAACUGCUUGACUUCUGUGUUCGCCGGCUUCGCUAUCUUCUCCAUUGUUGGGUACAUGGCUCAUGAACUGGGUGUUCCGACAAGUCAGGUCAUAAAAUCUGGACCUGGUUUGGCUUUCAUAGCUUACCCGGAUGCGAUCGCUCAGAUGCCCUUGUCACCCGUUUGGGCCGUCCUCUUCUUCGUGAUGUUGAUCACCCUGGGGCUAGACUCCCAAUUCACAAUGGUAGAGACACUCAUCACUGCCUUGCUGGAUGAAAUGCCACAUUUGCGCAGCCGAAAGUCUUCGGUGGUCAUUGGCAUUUGCGCUGUCAUGUUCGUGCUGGGUUUGUCCAUGUGCGCUCGUGGCGGCAUUUACAUGUUCACACUCAUCGACAGCUACUCGGCUGGGUGGUCCCUGCUGAUUUUGGCAUUGCUUGAAAUUGUAGCUGUGCAUUAUGUGUAUGGCAGCACGCGGUUCAUGGCGAACAUCAAAGAAAUGGUCGGGGAAUGGAUGUACCCUUCGCGGUACUACUGGCUCAUCAACUGGUGUUUCCUGGCGCCUGGCCUCAUCACAAGCAUCUUGUUUUUCUCCUGGAUCAUGUAUGAACCAGCUUCGUACGGAGGAGAGCCGUUUCCGCUUUGGGUGAAUGUCAUCGGUUGGGCCAUGGCAUUUAGUCCCCUGAUCAUAUUUUUAGUUAUGGGUGCCAAUCAGUACAAGCAGGCCAUCAGAAAAAACCUUGGUUGGCGAAGUUUAUUCCGCCCGUCUGCGAGCUGGGGUCCGGCAUAUGUCAGGGAAAACUUGCCAAGUCAAAAGGCGAAAACGGACAACGAAAUCUCUGCCAAUUCUGGCUACGACAAUCCAGUAUUCAGUGAAAACCCAUCAGAAUACGUGACUUCAACACAUUUAUGA